AUGAAUUACCUCAUAAUAGUCACUCUUAUCUUAUUCACUGCAGCUGAUAAAAUCACAUGUCCACUUGAUAUUGACAAAUCAGUAUUAUGUCCAAAUGAUAAUCAACCUGUUUGUGCGUUUACAUAAGAUGGAUCUGUAAAUCUUACACUUAUAUUAUAGUAAUUGGGAUCAUUUGAGAAUCCUUGUCUUGCUUGUCGAGCUAAUAACGCAAGUUAUUAUGAAACUGAUGAAUGCAUCGUGACUUCAGCAUCUUUAGAGUCAAUCAAUCCAGGCUCAGGAAAUACUUCAACAACAAACAAGUAUCAAAUAUUCAAAUGUGACACUAUAAAAUCUGAUAAUAUCGGAUGUCCUGCUGUGUAAUAUAUUAAAUCUUAAUAUACUUAGUUAUAAACCUACUUGUGGAUUGUUCGAUUCUACCAUUCAAUGCAUAUAAGCUCCAUGUGGUUUAACUUUUGGAAAUGAAUGUGAAGCAUGUUCUGCUAAAAACAUAGAUUCCUAUUUUUACGGGAAAUGCGAUGAAAUUCCUUCUGAGUAUCUUUAAUUUUUAUGAUUCUAGUAAACCAAAAAAUCCUGUUGAUGAUAUCAUAAUCAAUUGUACUGAACCCAGACCAGAAAUUUGUACUCUAGAAUACACAGAAACAUGUGCUUUCAUUUCCACGCCUUGUUUAUCUGAAUCUUGCAUGAAAUCUGCUGGAAACUAUUGUGAAGCUUGUUCUAGAAAAGAAGUAGUCGGAUAUGUGAAGCAAUCUUGUUCUAAUUACCUGUAAGCAUUUAUUUUAAUUGGUUUAGAAAUAAGUUUAUAGAGGAUUACGACUAUCCAGAAUACAAGGAUAACAACAAAAAUUAAGAAAAGCGUUUUUGCAGUACGUAGAAACCAAGUUCUUGUGAUGAUGUUGUGAAAGAAGUGUGUGCAACAUAUAAUUGCAAUGAUACCACUUGUCUUAAAGAAUAUUAGAAUGAGUGCUAGGCUUGUUUGGAUUCAACAACUGUCUCAUAUGUUUCUGGCAAGUGUUAAAGUUAGACUCUAUCUGGAUCUGGAUAUAUACUGGGUUUGGCCUUAUUUGCUCAGAUUUUUAUGUGA